GAAAAUAAAUUCGAGAAAAAGUUAAUACUUUUUGAGAUGAUAAGUGUACCUACUUAAAUGGAUCACCUGGUAUGUAUUAUAUAUUAGUCUUUAAAUAAAAUACUUUUUACAAACAAACUUGAACAUUUGAUUGGUAAUGAAACAUAUUUAGAGAUUUUUGAUUUACCUAUCACAGAUACUAAUGUUUGGGUAAUUUUCAUCUAUACAGUCCACUACGAAUUUAAUCAUAUUUAUUUCGUAUCAACUAUUAGGUUACCAUUUAUUACAUUGUUAUUGUUACUAUGGUAACGAUUGCCAGUAUGUUCAUAAGUUCGUGUUCAAUAAAAAUUUACUAAUUGUCAGUUAACUAAACAAAAACCAUGUGUACUUUUUAUUUAUAAAUUGUAUGUAUUUUAAUUUGGAAACUGAAUUAAAAUGAAAGACACAAUCUAGGUUCAAGUAAAUUGAAAGUAUGAACUUGAUUCAAAAACAAGUUAUUUAAAUAUAAUGUUAACUUAGUUAUUUUUCGAUUAAAAAUUGUAAACAUUAAUUGGAUUCAUUUAUUCCUAAGUCUAUGAUAUGUUGAUUUACUAGUAAAGUACCUUUUAUAAUACACACACACACACAAAUGAAAGAAUAAAACGAGAUUGUAUAUUAUUUGUUUUUAAAAUAAAACAAUGCAUAUCAAAAUUUCUAGGAAAAUAUUCUCUAUUCAAAAGGAGGAGUUCCUAUUUGAAAAUCAAAAGAAGCAUUUAUUUAAAGGACAUGGAGGGGUAACAAAUUAACAACGGUUUUAAAAUAAAGCUUAAUCGAUUCCAUAAAAAUUAGAAAAAACAGAAAUCAAAUUCACUUAAAAUCCUCUGAUAUAUUUGCUGUUUCAUGAUAAAAAUAAUAACUCUGCAUAUUGGUUUUAUUUAUAUUACUCAGAAUCGUUUUUCAUUUGUAAUUAUUAAAACCACCAAUAUACCUACCCAAGAUCUAUCUGUAAAUAUAUUCUUUAUCUUUUUGAAAGCUCCUGGUACCUACAUUUAUGACCUUAUAAAAUAACUCUACUAUAGGUAAUAGCAAAUGCAACAAAUGAUGCAAAUAGCAAUACUUGAAUCAAGAUUAUUCGAAUGAAUAAUAAUUACUUUACUAGUAUACGAUUAACUAAUAAUAAUAAUAAAGCCACCAAAAUUAUUUUAGUUACUAAUAUAUUGCUAUUUUUAGGUACUGACUACUGGUUCUACUAGUAGGUAUUGAUUUUAAAAUCAAUGGUACAACCUAUAUUAAAACUAUUUGGUAUUGUACUUACUAGUACUAGUUUGGAGUUUUUAUAUCAUAAAAAAGUACAUUGUGAAGUGUUUGGUACAACAAAAUUGUUGCAUAAAGUUGCCUAUCUGCCCCUAAAAAAAAUGUACAUUUUACGAUUACAUAACACUAGUUAUUAUUUACCUUCACAAAGUUCAUAUUGACAUUAAACUAGUAUUAAAAAUUGAAUAUUAAUUUAUAUUUAAUUUUAAUUUUAAAUUAAAUUAUUACAAAAAGAAAAUUUUAAUACUAAUUUAAUUUAUUAUUAAAAUGAAAACAAGAAAAUGACGUAGAUAAGUCAAUUGUAUGUUAAAAUAGACCUCUCUAUGAAAAUACCUAUAAGUUCUAUCUAGGUCUGCCCAUACGAUAUUCCAAAUUCCAAUAUUUUUGACGAUUGUAAAUUCACUGAUUCAAAUCAGGAAGGCCAAAAUAAGAGUGUAAUUAUAUUUCUUUGUGGUCGUGUCAAAUUAGUUGGGUUAUCAUCUAUGCUUGUUAUAUGACACAGGUAGGGCAUCAUGUUUUAUUAUUCAACCAAGUUCGACAUGGUAAUUUGCGAGUUUACUUACGGGUAAUUUGUAAUACGAUAAUGUAAUUUUAGUUUCAUUUCGAAAAUAUGAUUUUGUUGGUCCUGUAAAGGACCAUUUUAGUUAAUUACGCUAAAAUUAAAAUAUAAAUUCUGAUAAUAAAUAAUUAAGUAACAAUAAAAAAAUGUAAAUAGUAGAUGAAAAUAUUGAUAGUUAGGUUGUCUUUUCUGCCUUUUGGGGCAGAAGUACGGAUUGUAUGUUGGGCAACACACCACCUUCAGCUACGGUGACACCAAACAACAGUUUGCUCAACUCUUCGUCGUUUCUAAUGGCCAAUUGAAAAUGUCUGGGGGUGAUGCGCGCCUUUUUGUUGUCACGAGCCGCGUUGCCGGCCAACUCCAAUACUUCGGCGACCAGAUAUUCCAUAACGGACGCCAUGUAGACGCUUGCACCGGUACCGACACAUUUGGCGUAGCCACCUUUCUUCAAAAUACGAUGGACACGAGCGACCGGGAACAAUAGCCCGGCACGAGAAGAUUUGGACUUGGCAACGCUGUCCUUCUUACUACUUCCUUUGUCGGUUUUUGUUAUUUUCCCGCUCAUUUUAGUAUGUUUCUUGAGUUAAAAUUUUUGAGACACGAUCGAUGAAUCGAAAGCGGAUAUUACGACCUUUUAUAUUAAACGAGUUGCAACUAAAUAUCGUCAUUGGUAAACCGUCGGAUAACGAUGGAAUAAAACGACAUUUAUCACGUUUGGUGAGACAAAAGGGUUUCGUUUUGGAUUUCAAUAACAUUAUUGGUUUUACACUCAUAUGGAGAUUAGGGAUUAAAUAAAUCUCCACAGUUUUGUCGUAUGAUGUAUUUUGAUUUAUCUGUUAAAAACGUUUCUACCAAAAAUCUGAUUUUAGACCCUGUAUUUUUCCGUGUUCGAUAAAAUAUAACCUCGAGAUAACAUAAACGUGUAUCAUUGGCUUUAUUUGGAAACAAAUGUAUAUCAUUGGUUUAGAUUUCUGAUCGCAGGUAAACAAAAACCGAUACUCUGAUCGAGUGUUAGGUAUUUCGAUAUUGUUCGUUACUUGUAAUAAUUGCAUAGUCAUUAUUACUCUAUAGCAAAUACCUGUAUCACAAGAAAUAAUUUUUAUUAGAGGACUACACACUCAUGUUGCAAAUCCAGAUGAAAAUGAAGUCAAAAAAUCAGUAACCCGAAUACAAAUUGUAGACAUUUUUCAACUGGGUGUACAAAUUAUUAGAAGAACAUUAGAAGAUUGAUGUAUAAAAAGACAAAUAUUAGUAGAUUAAACAUUUUUUUAAAAUAGAUGUAUUCAAAAAUAGACAUUACACCUGACCAACUAUUAAUUCUUAAACCACAAACAUGCGUUUACCCAACCGCCAUACAUUUUUUAGUCAAACAGCUAUCUUAUAUCAAGGCUUAAAAUUAUGUCAAUCGUUAAAUAUUAAUGUCAAUAAUUUUUGUAGUCUUAAGGCUUUCAAAAAUCAUAUUAAGCGUUUUAAUUUAUCUAUUAUUCAAUUUCUGUUUGCAACUUAACAUUUGUACAUAACCAAAUAAAAUUUUUCUUUUUAUCUUUUAAAUAAUUACUUUUUAUAAUUAAUUUUAAAUUAAUACUGAUUAAAUACUGAUAUAUUCACCGGUUAAGAACUGCUCCCCCAGCACAAGCUUUGCUUAUAGAGGGUGCUGCAACAUUUAAUCAUAAGUUAUUAAGAUGCAAAUUGCAAAUACCUAUGUUAUUGUUGCAAUAUAAUAAUAUUAUUAUUAUUACUAUUAUUAUUUGGAUAGGCAACCACGGCGAUUUUUGGAGGCACAAUGUUAUUGUAUCGUAAUAACUGUUUUGGCGUGAAUGUCACGUAUUGUUUUAUCCUUAGCAUCUUCCCGUUAUGUGGCACCCUUAGAUCAUAAUAUACAAUAAUUGAAUAUGACCCAAGGUGUCACUGUCCGUUGUCACAUAAUUAUUUAAUAUUUUAAUAAACCUACUGUUUUUUUUUUAUUUAUUAAAAAAAAAAGAAUAUUUACAAUCUAUGCUACAUGGCAUAGUAAGUAAAUUAGAGAAUAAAAGAUAAUACAACAAUGAUUACAUAAGAAAGGAGGGCGUCCAGUGAUAGAAUCCAACAUUAUUUUCCCAACUGUUUUUAGUAAAAACAAAAUAAUUCAACGAUUUUAUUUAAAAUGUUUCAUAUGAAAAAACUAGAUGUCGCUAGCAUAAUCAGUAAACGGUUUAUUUUCGAUCAUAAUUUUCAACGUUAUCGAAAUACGAUAACCAAAUGUAUCAAACUUCAAAAUCGUUAUACAAUUAUUAAAAUUAGUGCUUAGAUGCAUUAGAAACAAUUAUUUGCUUCUAUAUUUAUCGGUAAUAAUUAUUAAUAAUUGUAUAAUUGUAAGUGAAAUUAAAUUUAUUUCCAAAUUUUAGAACAUGGUAAUAUGUUGGUACUAUCCCGAUUUGGUGGGCGUAUAUUAUCUAAAUAUUAACAGGUUACUGUAUGUAUCAUAAUAUGUAUACACGUGUUAGAUUUGUGAUAGUAACGUAAUGUUUAAUUUACUUCUAUAGUUCUAUAAUGUCUAUUGAAGUAGUAGUGUUUACCGACGAAUAACAAUAGAUAAACCAUAUUAAUUAAUGUUAUUUAAUUUAUAACACUACUUAUUAACAAUUAUAAUAAAAUACAAUAAUAUUAACAAUUUAAUAUUAUGUAAGCAGUUUAACCAAAUGGCAUAUUUUAUAUAAAACUUUGUUAAUAAUUCUAUAAAUGUUCUGUUAAUAUAUACUAGUGAAUGAUCCAUUUUUAUUUAAGUAUUUUUUUUAUUGGUACAUAAAAAUAUUAUGUGUAUAUUAUUAGUAUGAUAUUAUAUUAUAAUAGAUAAGUACUUAACUAAGUAAUAUUUUGACUUAAUUAUCUUAAGUUUAACAUAGAUAUUUGAUAUUGUGUUAGAUUUAGCAAUAACCAUGAUUUAUGAAAACUAAAUUAUUCUAAUAUAAAAAAAAUAUUUAUGAAAUAUACGCAUGUGCACAUGUGUGAUUUAUGAUUCGAAAUAAUGCAUACCUAACUAUACUUUCCAACAAACGCAAAAAACAUGAAUAAUUGUUAUACGUCACGGGUUAAAACCCUUUCAAGCACAAUAUAUUAAGUUUUUUUGAAAAAAAUUGUCUGUACUCAUUUUUGGAUUCUGUGGGGCUAAAUUAAGAGAAAAAAAAAAUGUUUUUGUGUAAUUUUUGAAUAACUUAAUAAAUUUUUCACACGUGACGCUUAAAAUUAUCUUUGGGAAUUAGCGAUAAACAAAACCGUCAUUCAUAUUCACAUGCUUAUUAUUUAAAAUACUAGAAUCAAAACGAUUUAUAUUUAAUUACGAUUUAUAAUUAGACUUUUAAAUCAGUUUUUAUGACAAAAUAAUUAUGUAAGAAACUUAUUUGUUAUGGUAACUUAUUAAAUAUGUAAACAUUUGUAUUCACAAAUUUCCCAUAAAAGUUCAUACUUUUUCCCAAUUUGAUUCAAUCUUAACUUGUUCAUCUGAAGUUCCCUUCUUCAAUUUCCCUCUCAUUCAACAUAAUUAAAAUGUCUUCUAUAUAACCAUUGUCCUCACCCAAUAAAUCAUUUCUUAUUGGAUAUGAUUCCUAUAAUUAUUAUAAUAUUAAUCAAUCAAUUUAUAACUAAAUAGAAUAUACAGAGACAGAAACUCACAUUAACAUUAUUGGAUAAAUAUGUAUUGCUUAUUUAUUCCCAAUGAUCACCAUAAAAAUCAUGGUGUUUAUGAUAAUAUAUUAUAAAUACUAUUUAAGUUUGCUCCAUAAUGAUUCUUUCAAUGGAUGUAAGAAUUAAUUUUCAACGAGUUAAUAUUUUUAUCAAAUCGAUUUUGUUAAAACAACUUAAAACAUUAUUUCAAAUUUCGACUUUUUUAGAUCGUGAUUAUUAGUUUUAGGCAAAAAGAAAAAACAAUUUAUUAUCAUUCUUUCAUAAAGAUAACAAAAACAGUGUUCCCAUUUUAACGAAGAAAAAAUGUCUUAUUUAUUAAUGGGGGUUAUAGUCAUCAUUGGGAAAAUAAAGGCUGUUUUUAUGUGUUUGAAAUAAUAUAUGAUUCCAAAAAUUAUCAAGCCUAAUUAGCAAAUUAGCCAACUUAACGUACGCAGCACAACCUGUAAUCGUUUAAUCGUGCUACUCAUUUCGGGACGUUAUCAGAAGUGGAGUUUGGUGGUUUGCAGUUUGUCUCCUUAGUCCUUAUUCUAGUCGGCAUGGUUAUAAAAUCUUUGUGUACCGUGUUAAAAAAAAAAUUCAGGAAAUCCGAGGAACUUUAGGUUGACUAGCAGGAAAAACGAGGAUUUUUGGGUGUUAUAGUAAAUUUUCAAGAAUUUUUACCUGGCGACACUGUCCUUAUUCUAGACCAUAUGGUCAUAAGAACUUCGUAUAACACUGUUACGUGUAUCACAAUAAUUAAUACUGAGUCAUGAUGCGAGUAACUAAUACUUUAUAACAUAAAAUUAAUAAUCAAAUAUUCUGGUCACCAGUUUGAGAUCUGAAACUCAAAGUAAGUACUUAGCUAAUUAUGACAUAUAUAGAUUGUAUUAUUCUACAAAAGUUUCUUCUCCUUCGCUUUCAUCCCAAAUAUAUGUAAUCGCCACCCCCGUUCUAAAUUUCCAAUUGAAAUGAACUCCCACCUCGUAACACCAGCUAAUCUAAUAUAAUUCUCAAUCGCAUCCUACCACUUCUUUUCCAGCUCAUAGCUCCUACGUUUAUUUGCAUUACAAUUCUUACUGCUUCAUAUUGUCUAUUAUCAAUGCCACGCCUACGCUACCUAUUAUGUUCUCAUCUCUUAAUAUCCUAUCUACUCUAGUUACUCCACUCUUUACCUAACCAUUCUCAUUUCUGCUACAUUCAUGCCUUGUUUUAUUUUUCUGUCUACUACCCAACACUCUAAACUAUACAGCAUAGUCACUCUCACCAUAUUUUUGUAGAACUUAACUUUAAGACUCAUUGAAAUUUUCUUGUCACCUCUCUUACACAUUAAAAAUGUUAUUUACUAAUUUGCAUAGAGUUAUUUAAAAUUUAAAACAAUUAAUUGCUUACUAAUUUGGUUUUUAUAAAAAUUUUCUUUAUAACUAAUUAUGAAAAACAACACUAACAAAAUGUACUGUUUUAUAUUUAGAUUUUCAAUUUAAACUAUACAACAAACAAUUGAAAUGGAUGAAUUGGCAAGUUCAUAUCACAACUAUGACGAACUCUUAAAUUAUUUGAUAGAUACUAAAAUGAUAAAGACCAUAAACGAAGAAAAAGUUUUAAGAUCUGUUGAUUGUAGAUAUUAUUUCAACAUUGAAAGAAAUCAAAACCAAUUGGAAUCAACCGGAUGGUUAAAAAUUUGGGAAAACGUAUUCUUUACUGUUAAAUCUCUAAAUAAUUUACAGCUAAGUUCUGGACACAAAUUUUUAAACAUCGGAUCUGGAAUUGGUUAUUUCAGUACAUUGGCUGGUCUAUUGAUAGGUAAUAUUGAAACUUUACAAUUAUGUAUUUAAGUAUGUAAAAUCUUCAAAUUGGUUUUCUUUUUUACCAGACGAAUUAAUAUUAAAAUUCAAUCUUAUUGGAUUUUUUCUCAUUAAGUGAUAUCAUAGUUUGAUUUUAUCUAUUUAGGUAAAAAUGGUGUUAAUCAUGGAAUUGAAGUUAAUGAAAGAUUCAUAGAUUUGGCACGGGAAAAGUUAGCGGAAUUUAAUUUGAAUUCUGCUGCAAUAGAUCAUUAUGACUUUUGUGAACCAAUUUUUAUCCAUGGUAUAUUGAAUACAUGUAAAAAGAAUGUUUUAAAAAAAUAAUGUUUUUAUAAAUUAUUAAUAUAGGAAAUGCUUGUGAAUUAUUAUCAGCGGGUUACUAUGAUAGGGUUUAUUGUGAAGCUCUUGUACCACAUGACAAAUUGGAAUUUAUGAAAUCUCUUAUUAAGGUUUUUAUUUUCUAUUAAGUACAUUAAAAAAAAAAAAAAAACAUAUAUAAAAUUAUUUUGCCUAUUUUUAGAUUAAUGGAAUAUUAGUUAUGCCAUUCGAUGGGUUUCUGUGGAAAUUAAUUAGACAAAAUGAGUAUCAGUACAAUGUUGAAAGAAUAAAUGAUUUAUUUACAGAUGCAUUUUCAGAUCUCAUAGUACGUGAACCUUGUUGUUUAACAACCGUGACUUUUCGUAAGUUGAAAAUUAAAAUGUUUUAAAUUUUGAUUUUAUUUAAAAAUUUUACUAUUUUGCAGCUCCUGUUAAACCGUUAACUUUGCAAGAGUUGUGUAGAAAUACAAUUCGUUCAUCAAUACGCCAAAACUUGCAAAAAGAAAGGCCUGAAUUGGAAAUACGCACUAAGUGCAUCAAUUUAAAUAGUGAACAACAACUAGUUUGUGAAGAAGAUAAAGCUAAAAUAAAGUCUGCUUUUGAUGUAAAUUUCAUUGUAGAUUAUAUAUCAUUAUUAAGAAUAAUGCAAGGAAUUAACAUUCACUCUACUGCUGGUACAUCACGCAUUUAUACACGCGCUUUUGGUUGUUUAGUGGAAAAAAAUGGUAUGAUUAAAUUAUUGGUGUUAAAUAAUAAUUAUAGUACUAGCUGAGUAUCUUUUAUACUUUGAUUGUUUGGCAAUUUAGAUAAAAGUGGAAAUGACACCGAAGCUAAGAAAGAAAAUGAUAGUGGAGCUCCCCAUGACACAACAACUUAUCAUUUCAUAAAAGACUACAGAGUCAACAAGUUAAGUAGAUGUUUAAAAGAAAAAAUAUACUCGUUAUCAUUACCGACUCAGCUGAAAGAUUUCCUGAACUACAACCGGAUCGAUUAACUAGUUAUUAUUUAAAAAAAUAAUACUACUUACGUACAUCAUAUGUAUGGUGACCAGAUAUAAAAAUCCAAAAAAAAGUACAUUUUAAAAUUUAGGUCCUCCCUUGUAAAAUACCGCUCCCUUGAAAGAAUUGGCUAAUGUUACUCUAUUAAUAUUUUUUCUAUUACCAAAUAUAAAAUCUAAUUAUUAAUUUGAAUCAUAGUGUCAACUGUUUCGUUUCUGUCUUUAUGGUGAAAAUACUUUAAAAUUGAAGUAAUUUUAAGUGUAGAACUAAAAUAUACAUAUUUAAAUUAAAUUGUAAAGAUAAAUAUAAAUACAAAACUAUUAAUAACUAUUAAUAUAUGUUUCCUACAUAUUUAUUAUUUAUAAUUUUCAAAAAAAAAGAGUACAAUUUCAUGUACUUAAAACUAUUGUUAAGGACAAUUAACCUAUCAAUAAAGAGUAUGUCUGGUCACCAUAGC